UGCAUCUUAUGCAACAAGGACCUUUCGUGCGCCAUAAUAGUUUGCCAUCAGCACGCCACAGCCUGACGGAGAAGUCGGACACAGAAUACUAUUCUAGCACAUAAUUCUAUAUUAAUUGUAAUAUUUGUUUAAGCAACGGUUGUAAAAAAUAAAAAAUAAAUAAAUACGCGUUUUGCCCACUUUUGGCAUUGGAGAAAUCGGGCUGUAAGAGCUCUAUAGUGAAGAAGGCUGUGUUUAAACGGGGAAUCUAGCAGGCCGCUGUAACACGAUCUCCGACAUCAUGGCCGACGACUUUGACAUCGAAGCCAUGCUUGAGGCGCCCUUUAAAAAGACAUGCCUAUAUCUCACCUCUACUCCCAUGAAUUCCAGUGUGAACUGUCAAAAAAAUGAAGGGCGAGAUGUGUGACAGAGGUGGCAUCGAACUCUUACAAUCCACGAAGGCAAAUGGGGUGAAGAUCACUGGAAUGGCAUCCACCACAGGAGCUCACUUAGUGGCUGGCUGCUAGCAUUGCCACUUUGGGUCUUAUAGGCACAGAUAGCCUUGGAUGAGACCAAGUCCAUAAGUUCCAAUGGGCAUGAAGAACGGAGCAAGAAAGACCUGAAUGGAUUAAAUUGAAAAUCGCUGAAAAAGAAGAGCCGAAGUCGUAGCAGAAGCAGGGAGAAAAAGAGAAGCAAGAGCCGGGACCGCAAGAAGAGCCGAAGCCGGGAGAAGAGUCGUGAGCGAAAGAGGAGCCGGAGCCGGGAAAGGAAACGUAGUCGGAGCCGAGAAAGGAGACGCAGCCGUUCCAGGAGCAGGGAGCGUGGAGGACGCUUCAAAACAACUUUCCGGAAAAAAUCUAGGAGUCGCAGCCCUUUUAGACGAGAUAAAAGUCCUAUCAGACAGCCUAUAGAUAAUCUCACACCAGAGGAAAGAGAUGCCCGCACAGUUUUUUGCAUGCAGCUUGCCGCCAGAAUUCGGCCACGGGAUUUGGAAGAAUUCUUCUCUGCUGUGGGGAAAGUAAGAGAUGUGAGAAUGAUCUCUGACAGAAACUCCAGAAGGUCUAAGGGAAUUGCCUACAUUGAAUUUGUGGAUGCCACCUCUGUACCACUGGCAAUUGGUCUGUCUGGCCAAAGGCUUCUCGGCGUACCAAUCAUAGUUCAGGCUUCACAGGCUGAAAAGAACAGAGCAGCUGCAAUGGCCAACAACCUUCAGAAAGGCAGUGCUGGACCUAUGAGGCUGUAUGUUGGCUCGCUGCAUUUUAACAUUACAGAGGACAUGCUCAGAGGGAUAUUUGAGCCAUUUGGACGGAUUGAUAGUAUUCAGCUUAUGAUGGAUAGUGAAACGGGGCGAUCCAAAGGAUAUGGCUUUAUCACUUUUUCUGAUGCAGAGUGUGCAAAGAAAGCCUUAGAACAGCUAAAUGGCUUUGAAUUGGCUGGCAGGCCAAUGAAAGUGGGUCAUGUGACUGAGCGCACUGAUGCCUCUACUGCCAGCUCUUUCCUGGAUAAUGAUGAACUUGAAAGGACUGGAAUUGACCUGGGCACCACUGGGAGGCUGCAGCUGAUGGCCAGGCUGGCUGAAGGGACUGGUCUGCAGAUUCCUCCUGCUGCACAGCAGGCUCUUCAGAUGAGCAACUCCAUGGUGGCAAUGGCAGCAGCUACAGCGGCUAUGAAUCCUGGAUUAAGUUUCAAUAUCAAUGUCAACCUACAAAAUACAAAUCAACCUCUCAAUCUACCAUCUCAGCCUAUUGCCACACACUGCUUCCAACUUUCCAACAUGUUUGAUCCAAAUUCGGAGAAUGACCAUGGAUGGGAUAUUGAAAUACAAGAUGAUGUGAUUGAAGAAUGUAACAAACAUGGUGGAGUGAUUCAUAUAUAUGUGGACAAGAAAUCUACUGAGGGAAAUGUAUAUGUAAAGUGCCCAAGCAUCCCUGCUGCAAUGGCUGCUGUUAGUGCACUACAUGGACGUUGGUUUGGAGGUAAAAUGAUCAAAGCAGCAUAUGUCCCUCUGCCAACAUACCACAACCUUUUCCCUGAGUCAGUACAAGCUACACAGCUGCUUAUGCCUACUCGUCGGUGAUUCCUUAAGCUUCAGUUUUUCCAGCUUUCUCUUUUUAAUAAUUUUGGCUAAAUAUUAUUCAAUUCCUGCAAGCUUUGACACCUUUGUGUAUGUUUUGCCCUUACAUCACCUGGGCAUUAAAGCAGUUUAUGUGGUAGAUUUGUAUGUACAGGCUUUUUAUUUUGUUCUCUUUCUUGGUGGGCCUUUUGACCCCUUGUUUAUACAGUUUUCAGGGUUUGUUUUCUUCCACACAUCGUAUUUGUGAUUGGCAUGAAAUCCACUAGAAGAUAUGUACAGUUAGCCACACAAAACUACAACUAUUGAAUUUUUUGAAUGGAUUAAAAUCCUGUUACUUUGGUUAAAUAUUUACAUGCAGUGUUUUGGGCUCUAUGAGCUGAAGGAAACUUAAAAUGAUUGAUGAGAUCCUGUGUGUUCAUAGAGACCAUCAUGGAUUUUGAUGCAUUGUCUUUUUCUAAUUAAGACUUGAUUUUGUAAAGUCCUUGAUAAACAGUUCAUUUCAAAUAAAGCCAUGAUGCUGGUUUAUUUGUCA